AUGGCUCGCGACAAUCACGAUCUGGAGAAAGACUCUCAAUGCAGAGUCGACGACGUCGCAACGUUGGAAAAGGAUGAGAAAGCAGAAGGUGUGAUGAAUGGAGAUUACUCGGGCGCCGUCGCGAAGACGGAUCCCAAAGAAAUCGCCUUGGUGAAGAAGCUGGAUCUCAGAAUCAUGCCUACGCUAUUUUGCAUGUAUUUCCUGAACAAAUUGGAUCAAAACGCCAUUGCAAAUGCCAGACUGAACAAUCUCGAGGCUGACCUUAAACUUGUCGGCUCUGAGUACAACACCUGCAUCUCAAUCCUUUAUGUUGGCUACCUCUUCGCCCAGAUCCCAUCGAACAUGCUCAUGUCUUCGAACAAGGUUCGGCCAUCUCUCUAUAUGGCUGGUUGUAUGAUGGCUUGGGCUAUCGUUGCUACCCUAACCGCGCUUGUCAAAAACUACACAGAUCUGGUAGUAGUGCGCUUCUUCUUAGGAAUUGUAGAGGCACCUUUCUACCCAGGCGCUUUGUACAUUCUCUCCCUGUUCUACACCCGUAAGGAGAUUGCCACCCGAGUAUCCAUCCUCUAUGCCGGCAAUAUCUUCGCAACAUCAUUUUCGGGUCUCAUCGCAGCUGCAACAUUCGCGACACUAGAUAACAAACACGGCAUGCAUGGGUGGCAGUGGCUCUUCAUUAUCGAAGGCGUAGUCACAUUCGGUGUUGCAGUCGUUGCGGUCUUCCUUCUCCCUGAUCAUCCUCUCACAACACGCUGGUUGACUGAGGAGCAGAGGCAGCUUGCUCAUGAUCGCAUCCAGAGGGAUACAGUCGGCCUGGAAGCAAGCAAGGGCGCCAGAGCAGGAUUUAUGCAGGCUAUUCGGGAUCCAAGGCUUUACGUGCUAUUGUUCAUGCAGAACAUGCACUUGAGUGCUACGAGCUUCAACCAGUUUUUCCCCACCGUUGUUUCAUCGCUCGGAUUCAACAAGACAAUUACACUCGUAUUGACCUGCCCUCCUACUCUCGUGGCUGGCGCAGUUGGUAUCGGCAUCGGUAUCUCCUCCGGAAAGUUCAAUGAAAGGACAUGGCACAUCACGAUCAUGAUGGGUAUUGCUCUAGUUGGUUUCGUCAUCAGUGCAGUAACACUCAACGUCGCGGCCCGCUAUGUCUCUUGUUUCCUCUUCGCAUCCGGAGUAUAUGCGGUCAAUUCCGUUAUUCUCGGUUGGGUCAGCGCGACUCUCGGCCAGACGUCUGAAAAGAAAGCAUCGUCCCUCUCGAUCAUUAACAUGUUGAGCAUGGCUUCUUUCAUAUACACACCGUACCUCUAUCCGAAGUCCGACGGUCCCAAGUACGUUAUCGCUAUGAGCAGCAACGCUAGCUUUGCGUUUGCCACUAUUGCCAGUGCAUGGGCUCUCCGCGUAUGGUUGACGGUGCAGAAUAAGCGUCUGGCGUCGGAGGGCAAGAGCGUCUUCUAUGCCUACUGAGACCUG